AUGGAAGACUCUCCGUCGUCCUUCACCGUCAGUAGCCCGAGGCGGACGCUGAGUCUGCUGAAGAGGGAGAGAAGGGCUGCGGCAUGGCCUCUGCCGGACCAGGAGAGGAAGGGCGCCGGCGCCGGCGCUCCGGUCGGUCCGAAGCCCUCCGAGGUCUACGGCUUCGUAGGUGCGAUCUCCACCGUCAUCGCCACAGGUGAACUGAUAAAGAUGAAGCAAAGGAUUGUUCAGAUUCUGAUGUGAUGCGGUGGGAAUCAUCUUGUCUGAAUUGGGUACAUCUUCUUUGGAUUAUGUAACUCGAUGCAGCCGUUUUCCUGGUGUGGGCUUACACUCCCGAGCCGUGGCUUCAUGCUUUGGGGAUCACCUACUAUCCUAGCAAGUGAGUCUUCUGCGCUUCUUUGUUCUAUUAUUUUUCUUUCUUUUCUUCGAGGUGUAGUUAAAUUCACAACUCGACAUCGCAUCUAUCAGUUAAGUCGCCAAAGGAAGUGAUGCCAGUGGUUUGACACCCAUGGGCAGAGGUAGAGUGGUUCAUUAUCGACAAUCGGAUCCUCUGUAACUCGAUAGCUUUAUCUGUUCCUCCUGUGAGUAAUGCUCGGUCUCGUGUUAACCAGCCCAGAAGCCAUCCCACUGAGCUCUGGAUCAUUCUUUUACGAGUUAAUUCUAAUAUACGUCGAGUACAUGUCUGAUUGAGCUAAAUAGAGCUACAAAUUAUUAAAUUGUGGGCAACUUGUAUUUAUCUACAUACGUAUCGAUCUGUAAAGAUAGAAUUUUUUUUCCCUGAAUUGUUUUUUUCAUUUUGGCAUGCCAUGAACCCUACCAAGAUGGGAUCCUCAGAUCUUGGUCAUGACUAAGUGAGACGGAAUUGAAAUUUCCAUUUCGGCCGACUACGAAUCUUUGUGCCUUGAUAAAGAGGAUAAUGUAGUGAAAUCUUCUGCUUUUUUGUCUAAAUUUCUUUGUAAAAGCAUCAAGGGAGCUGACUGAACUCAUAAAUUGAUUGUUGAGAAGUAUACCCAUUUACCAUUUUUUUUAAUUUAAAAAUCUGACGCAUUUCCUGAGAGGAGUUGAAAACAAUUCCAUCCUUCUAUAUUUACUCUAUAUCAGAUAAUUUUCUUACUGAUAUUACCACAUAAAAUAAUAAAAAUAAAUGACAUCGAAAUUCUGGGGCUCUAUAACUUCAAAUUAUGACUAGGAUUUUGAUGUCCAGGCUAGAACUACCCUGUUGUGGUGAAAUAUGAAAUGUAAUUCGAGAGGAACUUAAACAGCGAAGCUAAAGCGUUGCACCUUUUAAUGUUUUUUGUUGAACACAGUUUUUUCCCCUAAAUAAAUAAAGUUUAUUGGGUUUCUCUGGCAGUUUUUAAGAAUAUCCUAAAGAAAAAAGAUAUACUUCACUUCUAUUUUAUUAUAUCGUGAGAAUACUUUUUUCCUUGUCAUUCUCCGCUGCAAAAAUCAUUGUUUUGUAUUCGAAAUUGUGCUUCACGUCUGUUUCUCAUGCUGACAAUUGUUCUAUCAGGUUCUGGGCAUUGGCUGUUCCUGCUUAUGCUAUAGUGGCAAACAUCUUAGCCAUGGCAUUUUAUCUUGGAUUGAAUUUCGCCAGUACUCCUCCUCCAACUUCGUUUGCUACAUUAUUUGGUAAGCUCGUUAGCAUGUGAUCACAUUGAUGCAUUGUCAUACAGAGCACAGCAUGCAACGAAAUGAGAGCAUGCAGAUAAAAUCUCAGAAACAUUGUGUGAGAAUGCAAGUAGAGAGAGGAUGGGGGAUGCACAGUUAAUAAAUUUCUGGUUUAUGGUUCAGAUUAUUUUUCUAACCAGAGUAGGAAAAGGAAGUGAUACUUUGGUGAAAUACUAAAUUAAUACACGCUGCUUACGAGGGCCAGACAUUAACCAUGACUCCUAAAAUUCUGGGAAUACCCGGAGUAGUAGUUGCAGCAUCUUUCUGACUAAUUAAAAGAAAUCAAGAAUCUCUCUGAUUUUUUAUUUAAAAGUCAGCUAAGUAUCAGAAAAUGAUUCACGAGUCUCCUCUCUUCUUUUUGAAACUACAUGGCUUAUUUGCGCAAGUUAAUGAUUGGUUUAGUAUUUGUUACAAAGUGUUAUUUGGUCUAAUGUUUUGUGGAAAAGGAAAUGAUGAGUUUCACCUUUAGAUAGAAUAUUUAGUGAAUAGUAGCAUCCUAGGGUUAGAGUACCCAUAAAACAAGUAGAUUACUUAAUACUUUAGUCAUGUUUAGAAAUGCUUUGAAUAUCAAUGAAAGCACAAAUGAUGAUAAAUGGUUAGUGGUGAUCUUUUUUUUUCUUAUAAUAAAACAUGAAUAUACAAUGACGUCCGCUUAAGAGGCAUUCGUACCUCUUUAAGAACAAAGAUAAGAAGGAACCUCGCCUUAUGGAUAUCCACCAAUUCUCUCUAUCAAGAUUCUGUCAGCAUCCGACCCUGGCAUGUCGGCUUAGUUAUCCUGAUCACUCCUCAACGUUGACGUUUAGCUGCCCCAUGGUUAUAUCCAAGGAUCUUGUCAAAGAUCAAAUGGACUUCAUCCUCUCGAAAAGGAAGUCCAAGACAUGUAUGAAAUAUCUGAUACCUUACUUUGCCCAUCUAAUGUUCAUGUGCAACUGAACGUUAUUGGAGCCUAAGAACCAUAAUGUGCUUGCAGAAUUUAUCUCUGGAAGAUGUUGCGUAGAAACGAUAGCAUGCUUUGAAACACUUCCUAUUGUCUAAAGGAAGUAAUUGGUCCACCUGAUUAUCAUCUAGAAUCAGCUGUAUCGUACUUUGCUCCUGGUGUCAAGCAGUCAUCUUCAGUGGGUUCAAGAAGAUAAUUUUGUUUUUUUCAAACCUCCAUGGAAGGGUACGAAUGAUUAUAGAAAAAGAUUAAGUGGUCGAACUUGGUGCAUAUGCUUCUUUUUAUAAUUGUUUGAUGAACUGAGUGCUUAUGGAAAUUAUGACACAGCUGAUUGACCAUGUUUUGGGAUCCUUGAGCAGUCCAAAUCCGCUAUCUCCAGGGGUCCAAUUAUGUUCUGCUUAUGUUAUCUCAUUUAAUCUUAUUUUAUAUAUAAUCUUGGUUAAACAUUGUCGAAUGAGAUGUUGCUUUAUUACCUGUUAUUAUGAUUUUUUUCAUUGAAAGAGAGUAAUUACUGAGGCUGUAUAUAUCUGGGAGGCCCUAUGAAACAGCCCAGAUCACACAUUCAGUAAGUAGAAUAUCAUUGACAUCUAGACUUUCGUGAGCAUGGAAGGAGUGCUGCGAGGAGUGAAUGAAAGGUUAUCUAUGGAACAAACACGUAGCAAGAAUAGAGAAAGCUGCUUGCGACUCAAUUAGUUCUAAGCCUGAAAUUGUGUCAUCGUGAGACAAAUGCUGCAUUUUUUCUCAAUAUAAUGAAUUAGUGGGCGUGAUUUACAAAAAAAUGGGUACCAAGAUCAGCCUAACUUAGGAAUCCAAUGGAUCAUUUAGAUGUUCAUCAGAUGAAGCCCAUUUAAUUGUCAACGGGGUGGAGCCCAUUUAAUCAAACCCUCAUUUAAGAAAGUCUUCGGGAUAAAAUCCAUUUGAGGAUUCAUGGGAAUGAUCUCAAAUUAUUGUUCUUUCCAUCAGCGAGCUAAAUAUAAUCUCGCUUCAAAAUGGGUAGCCUAAAUCUGGUUGAAAAUCACUUGGUAGCUACUCUGCUUAGUGUGCUCGGUUGACUUGAUAGUGAGAGGUUGCUUAGGUUACUCUGCCGGAUCAAGCAUGAGUCAGACAAAAAAGAAUGAGGAAAAGAAAAGAAAAUAAAAUAAAAAAGUUGGCAUCUUACCCUAUCUUUUGAUCCAUAAAUACGAUGAUUAAUCGUUUCUUUUAGUAUUUUUUUAAUUUUUAUCAUGUGGGUUAAUGUAUUUUCCCUCGUUUGAUCCCUGACGAGGAAUUUGGUGGGUUUUCUUCGCUGCCUGGUAGAUGAGCACACCAGAGAACCCUCGGCAUUGGUUGCGUCAGAAGAUGGAGUGGAGAAGCCCAUCGAGCCGAUAUCUGACCUUAGCAUCGCCGAAGUCAACGAUCUGAUGUUUGGGAACAUAUCCUGA